GCAGGAGGAGGAUCCAAGGCUGUGGCUGGCUGCUGGGGUUGGCGUCCUUCUUGUUCCAGUAAGAAAGAAAUUCCUGUGUUUAACUUUACCAUCCACGAGAUCCACUGUCAAAGGAACAUUGGUAUGUGCCCUAUCUGCAAGGAACCAUUUCCCAAAUCUGACAUGGAGACUCACAUGGCUACGGAACACUGUCAGGUAACCUGCAAAUGUAAUAAGAAGUUGGAGAAGAGACAGUUAAAGAAGCAUGAGGAGACUGAGUGCCCUCUGCGGCUUGCUGUCUGCCAGCACUGUGAUUUGGAACUUUCCAUUGUCAAGUUGAAGGAACACGAAGAUUAUUGUGGUGCCCGGACAGAGCUGUGUGGCACCUGUGGGCGCAAUGUUCUUGUUAAAGACCUGAAGACUCACCCAGAAGUUUGUGGGCAAGAGGGAGAGGAAAAGAGAAAUGAGGUUGCCAUACCUCCUAAUGAAUAUGAUGAGUCUUGGGGUCAAGAUGGAAUCUGGAUUGCAUCUCAACUCCUCAGACAAAUUGAGGCUCUGGACCCACCCAUGAGGCUUCCUGGAAGGCCCCUCAGAGCCUUUGAAUCAGAUCUUUUCCAUAAUAGAACUACCAGCCAAAGGAAUAUGACAGCCCAGUUUCCAAUUCAGAAUAAUCUAUUUGAAGAACAAGAAAGGCGGGAAAGGAACAGAAGCCAACAGCUCCCUAAAGAGAGUGGUGAAGAUAGUGCAAAUUUGGACUUCAUGUUGGCCCUGAGUCUGCAAAAGGAAGGUCAGGCCUCCACCAUGGCAGAGCAGGACUUCUGGAGGUCUGUAUGUGAGGCAGACCAAUCUCAUGGCGGCCCCAGUUCUCUGAGUGACAUAAAGGGUGCAGCUGACGAGACCAUGUUGCCGUGUGAAUUUUGUGAGGAGCUCUAUCCAGAGGAAUUGCUGAUUGACCAUCAGACAAGCUGUAACCCUUCACGUGCCUUACCUUCACUCCAUACUGGCAGCUCUUCACCCAGAAGGGUGGAGGAACCUGAUGUCAUCUUCCAGAACUUUCUGCAGCAGGCUGCAAGUAACCAAUUAGCCUCUUUGAUGGGCCUUAACAGUUCUUCCUCUGUGGAGGACACCAUCAUCAUCCCAUGUGAAUUCUGUGGGGUACAACUUGAAGAGGAAGUUCUGUUUCAUCAUCAGGACCAGUGUGACCAACGCCCAGCCACAGCAAACAACCACGUGACAGAGGGGAUUCCUAGACAGGAUUCUCAGCCUCAAGAGACUUCACCAGAGCUGCCCAGGAGGCGUGUCAGACACCAGGGAGACCUGUCUUCUGGUUACAUGGAUGAUAUCAAGCAGGAAACAGCUAAUGGGCCCGCCUACCCUCUGCCCCCCAGCAGACCCAUCAACAGUAUGAAAGCUACCUAUAACCGACUGUCAAAAUCAACAUCGGGCCCCAGACCUGGGUGCCAGCCCAGUCCUCCUCGUGUACUGAAGCUCAACAACCCAGACAGCCAGGACAUCCAGGGGCAGAAUCGAAACAGUCAGAAUGGGGCCGCUGGGCAUGUUCCAGUGAUUCAAUCAGUUCGAAAUCUCUACCCAGAAAACUUUGUGCCCUCUUUCCCCCAUGGGCCUGCAGGGAGAUACGGAGCUAGUGGUAGGAGUGAAAGUGGCAGGAACUCCCGAGUCACCCCCACAGCUGCCAGCUACCGCAGCAGAACUCCAAAGGCAAAGCCCCCCAAGCAGCAGGGAGCUGGGGAUGCAGAAGAGGAAGAGGAGUGAUGGUGUCUACAGAGACCCUUCACAUGUUUCUACCUUUUAUGCACAGCUAUAGUGCAGGCCCUGCCUCUGUAGCUCUUUGGGCAGGGGAGAUUUUCUGGAUUUUAACUUUUUUUCUAAGUUAUGGCCAUUUUGUGUCUUUUGAGAUUGUGCUGUGGGAGUUUGAGGGUUUGAGGGAGGGUUAGCAGGGAGGCUGUUGAGAAACGUUUCACCCUUAGCAACUACCUUUGAACAGCAGUGAAAUAUAAGUUACUGCCUAAUGGCCACCAGGGCUCCAUCUUUUGACAUACUGUCACCACUGCUUCUUGGUGCUAUGUGGUCCUGGUGGAGGGGGGAGGGUUCUAGAAACCUGGUACCCCUAGUAAAGUGAUUCUCUGCCCUGUGGGGCCUAAAUUUGGGGGUUUGGAGUACCUUCUUCAGGGUACUGCCCCACUCACUCUAGGCUGGGCCUCAGUUGUGUGUGGAGGAGUUCUGGGAAAGUACUCAGGCCAACAGUAUUAGGAAUGAAGUUUUUGGAAAUGUGUUGAGCUGGAGUGAUUAGGGGCUGUUUUAACCUGCUUCCUCUGCAUUUGGCAUGACUGCCUUCUGUUCUUGGUGGGGAGCAUGGGUCCUUUGUGCUUGCUGCCCUUUACUGGGUACUGAGGAAAGCUGAGGGCUCCCUGUCCAGGGCUGGGCUGGGCUGGGCUCUGCCCCAGUCCCAUGCUUGCUCUGAAAACCAAAUAUCAGAGCCCCUUCCCCUUCUUUUUAUUUUACUAUUAUAAUAAUUAUUGUUAAACUUCCUUGUAAUAGAAAUAAAGUUUGUACUUGGAGUU